CAAAACUGGUUGUUAUUUGUUUGAAAGGAAGAUGCCCGCUCAAUUAACCAUUGACCAGCAUCCACAAUACAAUUUCAAGCUCAACUUAAUUGAUUUGCCAAUAAAACUCACAGAAAUGCACUCACAAAACUUCCACAACAGCCUCAAAAAAAUAGCCCCCCACAUGGGAGGCAUCACACCCCGUAAUUUGUAACAGGCCAACUGCAAGACCAAAAGUAAAGGACGCCAUCGAAAGGCACAAAGAGUCCGCUCUCACACAGAUGUAUGUACCUAUGGGCAUUAAUUACCGCAAAGUAAAAGGACCACGGAAGAAGGUGGGACCAGAACCAGAAUGACGACAAUGACGGCGAGCCAAAAACCAUUUGAGCCAAGCGAGGCGAAACUAAUGGGCAACAUAUUGUGGAACAUCACACAUCGCUGGAGAAACUACGACUGCCGGCUAGAACGAGAACAAAAACUUGAAGAGGAAGGAGCCUUGAGAAAAGAGCCGCUAAGAAUUUCAUUGCGUCGACGCGACGACAGUGUUGCUGCCCCUAGCAAUUCGUUUGACCACAACAAAUCUAGCACGCAAGGUGUCGUACGAAAGUACAGGUGCUUCUAGCAGGCGUCUCAAGAGAGCCUUCUAAAACGCGACUUCAUACACGAAAAUGAACGAAGAAAACGCCGAUUACCUGGCCCACGAGGCCGCUGACAUGGCGGAUGAGGAAAGGGAUGUGGAUGGUCGGAACGGGGGCGGGGACCUAGAAGGAGAUGCGGAUGGGGAUGGGCAUGGUCGUAGCGUCGCAGCUGCUAAUAACGAGUUCGUGCUUGGCGGCCAAACAAUGCCACAAAUUAGUUCGAACGCACAGCUCGAGGGAAACGUUUCGCCAACACCGAAACCGACCCAGACAACGGUGUCCCACUUUGAUGAUAAUCUGCGGAAUAAUAGUUUUAGCAACAAGCACAGCGGCAACAUUAACAACAACAACAGCAACAGCAGUGGCGGCAAUCACCAGCAAAACGAAAGCAACCACAGCAGCCCCGUCAAGAGUCCUACGCGUAAUAUAUCGUCCAGCUUCCGGAUACAGAAUGCCCCCUACGAUGAGGACGAGGUCCUAACGGCCGGUGACUUACAGCCAAAUAUCGUCGGUGCAUCUGCUGCAGCAGCUGGAAGUGCUCUUGGUGUUGGUAUUCGGCACGUGCCCGACUACUGGCAGUCCAGAAACGUCGGCUCGGGUGGAGUUCAGAGUGGUGUCCAUAGCGGCCAUCAGAGUCGGGCUCUCAGCCCGAGCUACCUGGAAAAUAUGAGUGAGACCUCGGAGCAACCGCCUGUUGUGCCACUGGUCCGCUCCAAAUCGCGGCCGGAGAUCUCUAGUGCGGCAGCGUCCCGCUACUCCAAUCUCUCCUAUUGGAAGGCCCGGCGCGUGGUUUUUUACCGCAACGGGGACCCGUUCUUCCCCGGUGUGGAGUUGCGCUAUAGACCCGGCCGCGAUGUGACGUCGCUGGACAACCUGCUGGACAAGAUCUCGCCCAAGAUGGAUCUUCCCCGAGGGGCACGCUAUGUUUUCUCCAUGGACGGCGACCGAAAGUAUCAUUUGGAUGAGCUGGAGGAUGGCGCCUUCUAUGUGGUCUCCUCAUUUAAGGCGUUCAAGCCUGCCAGCUACGGCAAGAAGAACGGGAUGUGGUAUGCAUCGCCUGGAAAUCAGGGCUGGGGCUCCAAGCCCACCAGUCGGAAGCCCUCAAUAAUGGAAGCAGAUUUGGGCACAUUAUCGACCACAUCAGGUUCGAUAAAGCGCAGUGCCGGUCGUGUGAUACGCAUCAUCAAUAAUUUGGAUCAUUCGGUGCAGUGUCGCGUUUUGUUAAACCUACGCACCUCGCAGCCAUUCGAGGAAGUGCUCGAGGAUUUGGGUCAAGUGCUAAAAAUUAACGGAGCAAAAAAAAUGUACACAGGCACUGGCCAGGAGGUUCGCAGUUUCUCCCAGCUGCGGAACGAGUUCGCCGACGUGGACACCUUCUACCUGGCCACGGGUACUGCUCUUAUUGCCGGCUCACCUAUCAGACGGUCGCGGUCGAGACCCUCGGUUGUGGCCGCCGCACCCAUACUGCCUACGGACGAGAUGCCCAAGGUGCCGUUGCGUGGGGCAAGGCCAAGGAGCAAGAGCCGGCCGCGCAUACUUUAUGCGCCGGAAAGUGAGAUCUUGCGCCCGAAUGGGGAGUACACCAUGCUGGACAUCAUGAAGGAGGAGCCCACAAAGGUUACGAUCAGGGGCUUGAGGCGCACCUUCUAUCCGCCCGUUCACCAUGCGUCGGCCGACAAUUCGCCGCCGGACAAAAAGUUACAACUCCAAUGGGUCCAUGGCUAUCGGGGCAUCGAUGCUCGCCGGAAUCUUUGGGUUUUGCCGUCCGGAGAACUACUCUAUUACGUGGCCGCUGUGGCCGUGCUAUUUGAUCGUGAUGAGGAUGCCCAGCGUCAUUACACAGGUCAUACUGAAGAUAUUAUGUGUAUGGAUGUACAUCCCUCCAGGGAGCUGGUGGCCUCGGGCCAAAAAGCUGGACGGGAUCGCAAGUCGCAGGCACAUGUCCGAAUCUGGAGCACAGAGUCCCUGCAAACACUCUACGUCUUUGGCAUGGGCGAACUAGACAGUGGCGUCACUGCCGUGGCAUUCUCGCAGCUGAACGGAGGCAGCUACAUCCUCGCCGUGGACAGCGGCCGUGAGAGCAUCCUGUCCGUUUGGCAAUGGCAAUGGGGUCACCUGCUGGGCAAAGUGGCCACACUACAGGAGGGCCUGUCGGGAGCCGCGUUUCAUCCCCUUGAUGACAAUCUGAUCAUCACACACGGGAGAGGCCACCUGGCCUUUUGGCAUCGGCGCAAAGAUGGAUUCUUCGAGCGCACGGACAUUGUCAAGCAACCAUCGCGUUCGCAUGUAACGAGCGUUCAAUUCGAGCCGGAUGGCGAUGUCAUAACGGCCGACUCGGAUGGCUUCAUCACCAUCUACUCUGUAGACUCCGAUGGCGCGUACUUCGUCCGCACUGAGUUCGAAGCUCACAACAAGGGCAUCGGCUGUCUGAUCAUGCUCGGAGAGGGAACGCUGCUAUCGGGCGGGGAAAAGGACCGCAAGAUAGCCGCUUGGGACUCACUGCAGAACUACAAAAAGAUAGCCGACACUAAGCUUCCCGAAGCAGCUGGCGGCGUGCGAACAAUAUACCCCCAGCGCCCUGGGCGAAACGAUGGAAACAUCUAUGUAGGUACAACCCGCAACAACAUCCUCGAGGGCUCGCUGCAGCGCCGAUUCACGCAGGUGGUCUUUGGACAUGGCAGGCAGCUUUGGGGUCUGGCCGCGCAUCCGGAUGACGAGCUUUAUGCGACGGCUGGCCACGACAAGCAUGUGGCUCUGUGGCGCAAAAAUAAACUGAUCUGGACCAUUCAGACGGGAUAUGAGUGUGUGGCGUUGGCCUUCCAUCCAUUUGGCACUCUUGCUGCUGGCAGCACUGAGGGCCAUUUGCUGGUAAUCAACUGCGAGAACGGAGCGGUGAUGUUGACGCUUCGCGUCUGUGGUUCGCCCCUCAACUGUGUCGCCUAUAAUCAGGUUGGGGACAUGAUUGCCAUGGGUUCACAGAAUGGCAGUAUUUACCUCUUCCGCGUCUCGCGCGACGGCUUUUCCUAUAAGAAGGUCAAUAAGAUACGCGGCUCUCAGCCCCUGACUCACCUGGACUGGAGCAUGGAUGGCAACUUUGUGCAGACGGUGACCAUUGACUUCGAUCUGCUGUUCUGGGACGCCAAGUCGCUGUCGCCGGAGCGAAGUCCCAUUGCCAUGAAAGAUGUCAAGUGGCUAACCAACAAUUGCACUGUGGGCUUCCUGGUGGCCGGCCAGUGGAGCAAUCGCUACUACAGUAGCACCAACACUAUUGUAGCUACCUGCAGUCGCUCGGCCGCACACGAUAUGCUCGCCUCUGGCGAUGCCGAGGGAUAUUUGCGUUUGUUCAGGUAUCCUUGCAUUUCACCGCGCGCCGAAUUCCAUGAGUCCAAGGUUUACUCUGGCAUGCUAGCCUGCGCCCGCUUCCUGUGUGGGGAUCACACCCUCAUCACUGUGGGCGGCACAGACGCUUCGCUCAUGGUGUGGGACAUUGUCGAGGAAUAGCUGAAAUGGCCACCGUGGCGCACCACUGCCCAGUAUGAGUCGUGCUACACGGAUUACUGGAAUCGCCGCACAUCGAGGGUCUCCUCCACAUUGCUGGACAGUGACUCUGUCGACUAUCAGUAACUCCAUUCCAAAUGGAUCGAUUCUGGACAGUGUUAUGCUUGCUAUAGAUUUCAACAAACAACAAUUGGCUAGCAUCCCAUUUUGGUUUUAGAUGAACGAAAUAUUAAUAUUAGAUAAUUGCACAUUAAUACGAGCGAGAUUGAACAUUUCCGAGACAUUUUUAAGAGAGAGAAAAAUCACGAGCAAUCCGUGCACAAACCCGGCUUCCACUCCGAGAAUCUUCCGUUGGUCUUGCCAUCUGCAAUUGUCUUUGCCUUCCCUAUUUGAUUAAACAACUGAAUCUAACUAUAAAUGCCACUGGAGGAUACUACAAAUAUAACUUUACGAAGCAAAGAGCCGCAGUCAAAGCCUGACAAACAAUACUUCAUCUUCCAAAACGUCUAUAUGUAACUCGGUGUGUCGGUGGUUCCUUCACC